AUGGACUACCCUCAGAACGAGCCGAGCACCUCGGAAGUCUGCGAAGAAGUCGUCAACAGCCGCCAUCCGCAAGCCAGAAUUUCCAAACUGCUUCCCGUCUACCGCAUGCUUCUCUUCAUCUACAUGAUCGCCCACGUCAGCUGCUCAGGCAAGUGUUUCCGAAAAUUCAUUUUUAUUUUUAUUUUCUCGAGCUUUCCUGCGCAGGAUACCAAAAAUAUAUCUUUCCCUUUUUUUUUCCUUCUAGGGAUCUGUUACCAAAAGUUUCACGCUUUACAUUAACCAUUGAGAAAAAUGCCUUCAUUUUAAAUUUUUUAAACCUAUUUCACUAAUUGUUUGCUAAGUCUUAAUUAAUUUACUACAAGUUGUAUUAAAAUUCUCCAAGCAAGAACUUGCGCAGAAAAAAAAAAUUACUGAUCAGCACAAAUGGUUGGAAACACGAAAGAAAUCACAAAACUGAACACUUUUUCUUUAAAUUUCAUACUGAUCUUCAAGGACUAACAGCUUCUAUCAAAUUUUUUGACGCUCUUCAAAAUAACUUCUUGUUUUUCCCUUCCAAAAUGACGUUCAAAUUUUAACAAGGAUUCCGGAACGCUAAAAUUAGACUCACGAAAAUGAAAAAGAAGACUCGCUAGUGUCACUUCAAAGCAGAAUGACUACAUUUCAAGGAUUCCUGAAGUUAGGCAUCCGAGUCCAACAAGAUUAGAAAAAAACAGUUCCUUUUAUAUGAAGUAUGAGAAUUUCAGCCAAGUGUUUCAACACGGACAAAGGAAUGAGUAUAGAAGGCGGCGAGUACCGACGAAUUCGUAACGCCAAUCUUAGAGAGUGAGUCUAAAUUUUGAUUUUGAGGCCUUAUUGACUUCAAGUUGAAUUUAUCCUUUUUGCUCAUUCAUUCUGAGCUUCCAGAUGUGCAACUGAAUGCCGCGACGACUUCUCUUGUUUAGCUUACGAAUGGCUCGCGACAGAGCAGACUUGCCUUCUGAAGUCGCGCUCCACGACAGGCCCGCUCGUCAAGAAGGACGACGCUAUUAUUGGCUUCUGCAUAGACGAAGGUUUGAUUCACUUCUUUUCAAACGGUUCUCAGUUUUAUGAUGUCUAUGCUUCUUGAUAUCUCGAAAAAAUAUCAUUUUCAAAACAAGACGGAACAGAAAAAAAAUGCAAACAAGUUAUGAAGACUGAAAUGAUGAUUAGAUAAUUUUCGACAAUAGUUUUGACGCAUACAGUUUUGAAGCGAUUUUUUCGAAGCUUUUCAUUUUAAUGAUUUUGUAAUUUCUAAAUGUAACAAAAAUAGUGCGAAAGAUGAAAUUUUUGACUAUCACUAAGAAUAACUGACGAGAUAAAUGCGAGCUCGGUGGCGGUACAUUGACUAACUCGCAAAAAUGUCGCUUUUUUCUAGGCGCGAUCCAGCAUUUCUCUCGGCGCGACCUCGCAUUUUUCACGGCGCCAUCUCGCAUUUAUCUUGCAUUUCGGAAAAUUUCAAAUUGCGAGAGAAAUGCGAGCUCGCGCCUAGAAAAAUGCGAGCUCGCGCCCAGAAAAAUGCGAGACCGGCGCGAGAAAAAAAGCGAGAUGUUUGCGAGCUCGUCAAUAUACCGCCAGUGUCUCGCGUUUAUCUGGGCAGUUAUUCUUAGUGUAUGCUCUUAAAAUUCUGCGAUUGUUCAAUAAGCAGAUCCAACGUAUCUGGAAAAUAUCGCACCAAGGUAAUUCAUGUCCCUAAAAAAGUAAUUCAGUUUAGAAUUAAACUUCAGUUGAUAAAGAAUGCAAAAAAAAUUUUCGUCAAUCCACCUUUUUUUCCAAGAGUCGUUGCUAUUAACAGAGUUUUUCAGAAGAUGAAGUACGAGACCGGUUCAGAGAUCACAUGAUCGUAGGACCGGUAGUCGUGCAGGCAGAAGACGUCGCCGGCGAAGACUGUCGAGACUACUGUGCCAACCAGCCGACGGCCCUCAUCUACAGCUGGAAGCCGAACGAAGCGAUGUUGACAGCUCUCGCGGCUGCCGACGAAGACGACGAGAUCAACGAGGAAUCUGUUCUGGGUGAGAAUCUUCUCCAAGCUUCUCAAACUCUUUAA